AUGUCCUACGUCGUGGCUGCGGCCCGCGUGCUCGCCCGCGCGGCGGCGAUCCAGGUCGAAGAAGCCGCAGCCGCCGCGGGACCCGUGGCCAUGCAACGAGCUCGACACGUCUACCACUCGUCGGCUCAGAUCGAGCAGGACCAGGAGCUGGAGCAUUAUCCGCAACCAUGGCCCUCGGCGCCGGCACCGGCACCAGCCGGACACAGUGAAGCAGUCCGGUCGCCUCGGAGCACGUCUGCGGCAGCGGCUCAGCCACCGCUUGCUCCUCCCCCGGCACAGACCAUUCCACGAGCGUCGCACCCAUCUACUGCCUCCCGACCGACUCCGAGUGCGAGUUCGAGUGCCAACAAUGAGGCGACUGCGACUCGGGGUACCGAGCAGCCUACUGCACCGGCUCCGGCAGUGACGCUGGGUGCGACAACGGCCAAGCCGGCCGUGGUCAUGCGACUGGAGAGGAAAGAGUUGGACUUGACACCACCACCACCACCACCAGCCUCGACCUCCACCACGGUGAAUGAGCCAACGGUGGUUGUGCAGACAAUUCCGGAGCUCGAGGCAGAAGUCGAGGCAGAAGUCGAGGCAGAGGUCGAGUCCCGCCUGCCUGCCAUUAACCAGGAUCCAGACGACGCUCCCGUCGCCCUGCGUUCAUCUACCGUCCCCGCCUCUCGUCUCGGCCGUCUGUUCCACUAUGGCUCGCUCGCGGCUUCUCUUGGUAUUGGCGCUGCAACGGAGUCUAUCCGCCGUACGGCAGGUGGCGGCGGCGAGGGCAGCGUGUUCAUGAGUGACGCCAAUGUCCGUCGUCUCGUAGCGACCUUGGGCCGUAUGCGCGGUGCGGCGCUCAAGCUGGGCCAGUUUAUGAGUAUCCAGGACAACACCAUCUUGCCCCCCGAGAUUGAGCGUGUGCUGCACCAGGUCCAGGCCCACGCCAACUACAUGCCCGACUGGCAAAUGGAGAAGGCGAUGAAGGCCGAGCUCGGUGCCGACUGGGAGAGCCUGUUUGGCGAGUUUGACCGUGUCCCCAUCGCCUCGGCGUCCAUCGGCCAAGUCCACCGCGCAACCCUGCCAGACGGCACGCCCGUCGCUGUCAAGAUCCAGUUCCCGGGCGUGGCCGGCUCGAUCAACUCGGACCUCGCCAACCUGUCCAUUUUGCUGCGCGGAUCGGCCGUCCUGCCCAAGGGCCUGUACCUCCAAAACACCAUUGCGGUGAUGCGCCGCGAACUGGAGGACGAGUGUGACUACAUUCGCGAGGGCGCCGCAGGGAAGCGGUUCCACGGGCUGCUCAAGGACGACCCGGUCUUCCAGGUGCCCGACGUCGUGGGCGAGGCAAGCACGGGCAAGGUCCUCACCACCGAGUGGAUGAGUGGCCGGCCAUUGAGCAAGAUGAAGGGCAUGAGCCAGGAGACGCGUGACCUCAUCGGCACCAACAUCAUGCGCCUGUGCCUCCGUGAACUCUUCGAGUUCCGGUUCAUGCAGACCGACCCCAACUGGGCCAACUUUAUGUUCGACGCGAACACCGGCAAGAUCCAGCUGAUCGACUUUGGCGCGUCCAGGGCGUACACCAAGGAGUUUAUGGACGGGUGGUACCGCCUGCUGUCGGCCGCGCUCUCGGGCGACCGCGCAGUCAUGAAGACCGAGUCGGAAAGCCUGGGCUAUUUGACAGGCGAGGAGGGCGACCUGAUGGUGAACGCGCACAUUGACUCGAUGGUGGCGCUGGCCAACCCCUUCCGGUACGAGGGUCAAUACCCGUUUGCGACGCAGACCAUCACCGACGACGUCCGCGCGCUCAUCCCCAUCAUGCUCGAACACCGCCUGACCCCGCCGCCGUCCCCGACAUACAGCCUGAACCGCAAGCUCUCGGGCGCCUUCCUCAUGUGUGCCAAGCUCGGCGCCAAUGUCGACUGCAAGGCGCUCUGGGAGGAGGUCGUGGGCAAAUAUGUCGAGGGCCCCGUGGAGGGCGAGGAGGAGGAGCAGGCCGUGCUCAUGGCUGAGGCUCAUGCUUAG